AUGGUCUCUCUUCGCAGCAUGCUCAUUGCAUGCGUUGCGCUCCCCCAGGCGCUGGCUGCUGUCCUUCCCUCCUCCAUGCCCACGGAGCGCCGCGCCACCACGCCGGCCAACGAUCCCUUCUACCGGCCGCCCUCGGGCUUCGAGUCCCAGGCUGCCGGUACCGUGCUCAAGGAGCGCCGCAUCAUUGCUUCCUUCUUUGGUCUACUCCCGGAUCCCGUCGAUGCUCGCCAGCUUCUCUACCGCUCCACGGCCCUCGACGGCUCGGCCAUUGCCACCGUCACCACCAUCUUCAAGCCCCUCUUUGCCAAGAAGGACCGCGUCGUCAUCUUCAACACGGCCUACGACAGCUCGGCCACCAAGUGCAACCCUAGCUACCAGUACCAGCUCGGCGGAAGCCAGGAGGAUCUCAUUCUGCAGACCGAGUUCCUCGUUCUCCAAGCCUACCUCCUCUCUGGAUACACUGUAGCCUCGUCCGACUAUGAGGGCCCCGAGGCUGCGUGGACUGCUGGUAGACUAUCAGGCCAUGGUGUGCUCGACAGUAUGCGCGCCGUCCGCAACUACAGCCCCAAGCUUGGUCUGGUCAAGAACCCCAUGAUGGUCAAUGUCGGUUACUCGGGCGGUGCCAUUGCUGCUGGCUGGGCUGCGUCGCUCCAGCCUAGCUAUGCUCCUGAGCUCAACGUCAAGGCCUGGAUCAUGGGCGGCACUCCUGUCAACCUGACCUCUACGCUUGUCAACAUUGACGGCACUGCUGCUGCUGGUCUCCUGCCCGGUGCCAUUGCUGGUCUGCUCAAGCCUACUGCCUAUGGCAAGCAGCUUGGCCCCGUCUUUGCCUCCAUCGCCACGCCUUACGGCCACGCCGUCGUCAAUGACGGCAACACACAGUGUGCUCCUGCAAACGCCCUCAAGUACCCUGGGCUCAAGUUCCUCUCGACCAAGGUUCAGAGCUUGGGCCCCGGGCUUGUCUACCACCCUGUUUUAGCUCCCAUCCUCACGGAGAACACCAUGGCCCUCAACAAGGACGAGACCCCCACCGCUCCCGUCAUGAUGUACCAUGCGUCUGAUGAUGAGUUGAUUCCCUAUGACGGCGCUGUCAAGACUGGCAAGACGUGGUGUGACAACGGCGCCACCGUCCGCUUCUCUACUUACAAGGCCGGUGGCCACCUCACCACCGAAGUUGUUGCUCUCGUCGAGGCCAUCCAAUUUACAGGUGAUGCCUUUGACGGAACGCUGUCUACCAAGUGCCAGAGUUUCACUAGACUUAAUGAUAAGCUCAACCCGUUUGCUUUGGGUCUGCAGCUCGAGCCCAUCCUUUUCGCCCUCGGUACUCUCCUUGUCAAGCUCGCUAAGCUGUACCAGUAA